AUGGCAGUUUCAAAGUUCACUUCUUCUCCUUAUUCUCAUUUCUUCAAUCUCUCAUCUUUUUCCAAACUCACUUCACCAUCUUCAUCUUCACUUCUUUUUCAUAGCCAUCACCAUGUUCAUCACCCAUCUAAACGAAACUCAAAAGCUACAAACUUCACCAUCAAAGCUUACAUGGAGAAUCCAAACUCCUUUUCAAGUAUAGUAAACAAAGUCAUUGGUGCUCUUCCUGUUGUUGGUCUCUUAGCUAGAAUCAUGAGUGAUGAAGGUGGCGUUGGUAAUGAUCUUGUUGAUUUUGCUGAGUUUAGAAGAAGGGUUGGUAAUAAUUGUACUCCCAGUGAUUCAACUUCUUUUUAUCAGUUCCAAUCUCGAAGAGGAAAGACAGGGGAUCCUAUGUAUGUUCUGUUAUGUUGUUGGCUUGCAGCUGUCGGUGCAGGUCUACUUAAAACUGAGGAGAUUUUGGAAGGAGUCGCGAGGCUUCGAAUCUCAGACGAUAUUGAAUUUGAAGAGCAGACUUUCAUUGCCUUGAUGGAGGAAGCAAGAGAGAGAAGAGCGAAGCUAAAGGGGGCAUCUCCUGCUGUACCAAUGGAGGUUCGAGUUGAGAAGGCGCUUGAUGCUAUCUAUGUAUGUUGCUUUGGAAAGGAUCCUAUAGAGAUUGAAGAUGAAAGAUUACUAAGUACAAUACUUAGUUCUGUUUUUCCUUCAGUUCCAAAACAAGAGAUUCAACGCAUGGUUACAGAAAUGGCACAGAAAGUAAAAGAUGGAGGCAUGGAUUAUAUUCCAGAUGCCAAACCUCUAUCAAAAGAAGCUAUUGAAAUGCAAAUGAAAGACCUUAACUUCCUUAAACAAAAUAGUGACACUAUGUGA